AUGGUUCAUCCUAUAAGGAAUGGACAACAAGUUGUGGCUGGAAAAACCUUGGAAUAUUUAGCUCAACAUUCAGAAGACCCACAAGUCCUUACAGCUCUAAAGUGUUUGUUUCAUUUUGUUCUUCCAAAAGUUUAACAAAUGCCAGAAUCUGAAAAUAAAAAGAAAGAAAUGGAAAGACUUCUGACUUGCUUGACUAUAGCACUCAAGAACCUUGCUCAGGCUUUUGAUGGAGAAGUCUCAACUUUGGAUUCCAGGAUUAAUGAAGCAUGGUUUCAAAAAACAGCUUGGAACUUGGCUGUGCAAUCUGAUAAUGACUCAGUGACAGUGAGAGAGUUUUUCACACUUUCUUAUGAACUGUCCCAGUUUUGUCCUUCUGAUCAAGUAAUUCUGAUUACACAGAAAACCUGUUUACUUGUUGCACCUUCAGUUGAUCUAGAGCAAGGGAGAAAAGCUUCAACUUUUGAACAGGUAAUGUUACUAAAUUGUGCACUUGAGCAGAUGCAUAAAUGCAACAAAAUCUGGAAUCACUUGAAACAAACAGGGGACUUCUCAAAUGAUCUGUGUGAGACAUUGCUUCUGCUGUACGAGUUUGAAGUUAAAGCCAAACUGAAUGAUCCAUCACUGGACAGCUUCCUGGAACCAGUGUGGGAGCUAACUCAUUUAGAAAGUAAAACAUUUGAAACAAUCGCAUCAUUAGCAAUGGAAAAACCUACAUACUAUCCUUUCAUCACUCUCAAAGCCGAAAGGGCUUUAUUGCUCCACAAAAAACAAAAAUCAAUUGAUGUUUUGAAAUACAGCAAACGUAUGCACAACUUGGUUAACCUCUUAGUGCCAGAUGGAGCAUCAAGUACAGAGCUCUGUCCCCUGGAAGACAUUUAGAGAUAUUUUGAAGAUACUCUGAGCCUUAUUUUCCACACUGAAGGCUACCCAAAGCCAGAGAUUCUCUGGAUGAUGAUCAAGUCCUGGAAUACUGGAAUAUUUAUGUACAGCAGGAAAAAGUAUGCAUCUGCUGAAAAAUGGUGUGACUUGGCCUUGCAUUUCCUUGAUCACCUUGGCUCCCUCAAGAGAACCUAUGACACUCAGAUGAAUACUCCCUAUGGUGAGCUCAUGGAAGCAGUAGAUAAGAACAAGGACUCACUUUUCUGUGAAGAGUGA